UUCGGGAGGGGAGGGCUCAGCCCUUUUCCUGCCUCCCUAAGGCAGCCACCUCCUUGUUCGCAGUGUACCGAUUGCAUAGUUGUUGGAUGUAACAUUUGCUUGAAGCUGACCGCCUCGGUUAUAUGCAGCGGUCGCAUGGAUAAUGCUGCUAAAAUUUAAUUAGGAAUUUGUUUCUGGCGCGGUGCAGGGUGUGUAUUACGGCGCAGUCCAAAAAAUGAGUCGGUGUUCCUUCUUCUUCACCUUUGCCUUUUCCUUGCUCGCAAUUAGCUCCGCCAAGUGGUACCGUAAUUUCCUGUAUCGUGGUGCAUCCACCUGCUACAAGUUUAAUACGGUUCAUUUUAGGAACGCGACCGCGUGCUGGGACUCCGCCACGCCCGGCGCGUAUGUGGGCAACCGCGAUGACCGGCCGGAGGAUGGCAGGCAGCUCUACAACAGCGCGCUGGCGCAGCGCUUCAUCUACCGCCACCAGAACCCGGCGGACUGCAGGUCCGCCAAGUUCCUCGUCGCGGAGUUUGAUGCCGAGGGCCAUGGCAUUGGCUCCACCAUCCACAUGAUGAGCUACGGCCUGACGCGGGCCAUGAUGAUGGGGCGCGUGUACAUCCACGAAGACGGCGGCCAGAUAUGGACGAAGGAAAACCGGCUCUGCGUGACAGGCUGGCGCUGGGACCAGUGCAUCUUCCUGCCCUUCUCGCAGUGCAGCCUGGAGGAGGUGCUGGGCGCGGUGGCGGAGGCGCCCUACGCCAACCAGGUCGACCCCAGCCGCUGGCACGAGUACCGUGUCCUCCGGACCAAGCACCUGUCCGGCGACCCAGUGCCUGUGCGCGACUUCCCGCCGCUCAUGGCGCCACUCAUCGCGCGCGGGCCCUUCCCCAUGCCGCCGGGCACGGGCCGCGGCGCGCGGGCCGGCACGGCGUGCAAGUCGGACGGCCCGGAGCGGUCCGACCCGCUGUGGGCGGUGCAGUGGUGGCGGGCGCAGUCCACAGCCUACCUGGUGCGCUUCAACCCGCACUUCGCGGCCGCGUUGAAGGAGCACCGGAACAAGAUCUUCCCGCCCGAGAUCGACAUCCCGCCGGGCACCAUCAACGUGCACGUACGGCGCGGCGACAAAUCUAAAGAGUCCCCGGAUGUGGACGACGCCGGCUACCUGCGGCAAGUGGAAGCCGUACACGCGACCGCCCGCGGCGCACUGACCCGCGUCCUGUUCCUGUCCACGGAGGACAGCGCCACGGUCGAGUACUUCCAGGCGCAGAAGAACUGGACGGUGCUGGUGACUGACGUGGAGCGCUACCACGAGAAGGUGUCGCCCAUGGAGUUCGCGGCGCAGCGGGACCUGGCCACCAUGGUGCUCAACGACUUUGUGAGCCUGGAGCUGGCGCUGCAGUGCGACGCCUGGGUGGGCCUGAUGUCCUCCAACUGGGUGAAGCUCAUCCACGAGCUGCGGUCCGUGUACCGCUGCAAGGCCGACAACCUGUUCUACGACUCACGGUACGGUGACAUGUGGGGCAACCAGACAUACAUCGACGACCCCGUUCUAUUCCGCUAGCUUGCAUUUCCAUGCGCUAGCUGGUGGCUUCUCCUGCUGGCUAGUGGCUCCACCUGCUGCCUCCACGUGCUGCAUGCACGUGCUGGCUCCACUGGCCGAAGGCACACCGGCAUCACGCGCACCGGGUGCACCCGCAUGGGGUGAGGCCGAUGAGCAGCGGAAGCAGGGCGGCGCGCCGUGUCCGGAUCACAGCCAACGGGCUAUGGAUGGAGGCCGCACUGAGCGGGCCAGUCCGCCCGUUGUGUACGUGAUGCUGUGCCGCAUACACAGGGCUGGGGGCUUGCAAAGUAACGCAUGCCCCCAGUCAAAGCAUGUUCCCCCGGCACCGUCCAACGCACGAGCUAGGAGACGUGGGAGCGCACAUUCAAGGGAUUGACGAUUUGACAUGCUGAAGGAGACUUGUAUGCGGUAUUGGCAUGCUGGAGGAAACCUGGAGUAGGGGUGUGCAGUGUGUUUUUGUAUGUGAGGUGCUGGUUACCCAAGUGGUGCGCACUCUAUUGCCCUGUUGCGUGCCUAACUGCCACAUGAUAAGCGGACGCCCGCCAAGUGUCACUGGCGGGCGGUGCCUGUACAAACCGACCUCGGCUAUGUCUGGGAGAUGAGAUAGACGCUUGUGGCCUGAGACUAGAGACGUGGCGUGGGCUCAGCCCACUUUUCCCUUGCGAGGGGAACCACUUUAUCGUGUCGGCCACCAGGCAUGGGGAACCGUGGUUGACGCUGUGUGAUGUUGGUGCCCGGCAGGUGUCUGGUUAGCAGUCUUUGCUAGCAAACGUAGCAUGACACGUUUUUUUUGUAGAGUUACGGUUAAUUGCUGUUUGACCUUUUGCCUGCUGUGCGGGUGUGUGUGCCGUGCUGGCAGCGGGACGUGGCUGGAUACAUGGCGGGCGGUGCCUGUUUAAACCGACCCCGGUAAAGUAUGUCCGGGAGAUGAGCCUGAUGGGGUAGACGCUUGCGGCCUUAGCUUGCGGCCUCAGAUGAGAUUUGUGGCGCAGCGCAAGGGAAAUCCUUGGAUGUCAAUGGUAUCCGUACAACUCACGAAGUACGACAUUCGCCCGCUUGCCCAGAAGUGCAAACAUGAUGGGAAGGUGGGUUCGAAGCGGGUGACGACUGGGCAAGCCGGCGAGUAAGAGUUUUAAGCCCCCAAAGACU